AGUUAGUUUUCUCUUAAUGAAGGCUUUGCUCUUGUCGCCUUCUCUUCUUCUUCCUCCAAUUCACCACGCCAUUAAUGAAGAGAGAAGGUUUAGACAAGGGCGCGACGUUUCCCCUUCAAUAAUAACAACAACAAUAAUAACGCCUCAAUCCCAAGUAAUUUGGAAUCCGUUAUAAAUUGACUCGUUUUUCCGCUGGCUGUCGACCUACCGCAUUCCUCCUCCUUUUACAGAGUUGGCCAAGGCUAAUUUGUCCAUAGGGAAGAAAGAGGAAAUUGAAAUCAGCCAAAAAUGAAUGACUUAUUCUCUAAUUCGUUUAAAAAAUACCAGGACCUAAAAAAACAGGUCCAAUUGGAUGAUUUGGAGGGUGGUCAAGUUGGCCAGUCAGGAAAUGAAAGCAUUGAUCUUGCUAAAUUUUUUGAAGAUGUAGAGAAUGUGAAAGAGGACAUGAACAAUGUAGAAAAGCUCUACAAAAAAUUACAAGAAUCAAAUGAAGAGAGCAAACUUGUGCACAAUGCGAAGACUGUUAAAGAAAUAAGGUCUAGGAUGGACUCGGACGUGUCACAAGUCUUAAAACGUGUCAAGAUGAUCAAAGGAAAAUUGGAAGCACUCGAACGAUCCAAUGCAGCUCAUAGGAAAAUCCCUGGUUGUGGCCCGGGAUCUUCUGCAGAUCGAACGAGGACUUCUGUAGUUAGUGGGUUAGGGAAGAAAUUAAAAGUUCUCAUGGAUGAUUUCCAGGCAUUGAGGGCAAGAAUGAAUGAUGAAUAUAAGGAGACGGUUGCACGAAGAUACUUUACUGUGACGGGAGAGAAGGCUAACGAUGAAUUGAUCGAGAAUUUGAUAUCAAGUGGGGAGAGUGAAUCUUUCCUCCAAAAGGCAAUCCAGGAACAAGGUAGGGGCCAGAUUAUGGACACUAUAUCAGAAAUACAAGAAAGACAUGAUGCUGUGAAGGAAAUUGAGAAGAAUUUGAUUGAGCUACACCAAAUAUUUCUAGACAUGGCUGCAUUGGUGGAAGCACAAGGUCAACAAUUGAAUGAUAUUGAAAGUCAUGUGGCACAUGCAAGUUCCUUUGUUAGGAGAGGCACAGAGCAAUUAACAGAGGCUAGGGAGAUUCAAAAAAGCUCAAGAAAGUGUACUUGCAUUGCCAUUUUCCUUAUCAUUUUGCUGGUCAUUCUCCUUACUUUCCCUCUAUGGUGGCCAUUAAUUGCUAGCAAACUAUUAUAAGAGAAGAAAAAAAGAGAGAGAACAACCCACCUGAAAUUUUGGACUAGACUUUUUGGUUGUUUAUUGAAGAAGAAACCAAUAAAAGUUUUAUCAGGUUGUUGUGAAUUUUAGGAUCACCUAUUUUUUGGCAAUUGACUAUUGUUUGUAAGAAAUUUAUUCUUGUAUUCAUUGUCAGCACUUUCUUUUCUUUGACACUGUAUUUAUAGAAGCAAUUUUUGUCACAUCAAUGGUACAUAUAAACAUCUUGCAGGA